AUGGCUCCAGACGAAGGCGACCCGGCGAUGAGCCUCCAAGAAGAGAAACCUGCGUAUCCAUCCCUGAGCACGACGAGUUCCGCAGAGUUGCUGCAUGGAGCACCAUCGAACGACAAUGAGCGACUUGACAUUCUGCAGGUCGCAGAGCAUGCAAUGCAUUGGGGAUCUCCCAAAAUCGACCCUCGGAUAUGGACCAAUGUGACAUCCCACUUCAGCGACUCCAGCACGCUAGAUGGCCGCCAAAAGAAUAUUUUGUUUCAGAAAUUGACAGUUCAUGGCAAAGGAUCCUCGCUCCAGAUUCAACAAACUGUUUUGUCGGCCCUUCUAUACCCUCUUGCGUACCCCAUCAAACGGCUCGUGAAACUUGUUGGUAACAAAAAAUCUCACGAUGACCCAGGUACCAUAUUACAUGGACUUGAUGGGAUCGUACGCAGCGGCGAAUUAUUGCUGGUCCUGGGUCGUCCUGGUAGUGGAUGCUCAACGUUUCUGAAAUCACUUUGCGGUUAUCUCGAAGGCCUUGAUGUCGAUCCCGCGAUCGGUCAAACACUUGAGUUUGCAGCGCAUGCACGAGCACCGCACAAUCGAGCAGGCAACCCGGGUGGAGAUCAGUACGUCAAAUCCGUUGUGAAAGCGGUUAUGGAGACGUUUGGUCUCACACACACAUACAACACGAAUGUUGGCAACGACUAUGUUCCAGGUGUCAGUGGAGGGGAAAGAAAGAGAGUCAGUAUCGCGGAAACGGUUUUGUCACGGGCUUCCAUCGUGGCCUGGGACAACAGCACACGUGGGCUUGAUGCAGCCACUGCAGUCGACUUUGUUCGGGCUCUCCGCACGUCAGCCAAAUUAUCGGGAUCUUGUCAUGCAGUCGCUGCAUACCAGGCCUCGGAGACUCUUUACAACACUUUCGACCAAGUCAUCCUUCUAUAUGAAGGCCGAGAAAUAUAUUUUGGCUCUCGUGAAAGUGCUGUCCCAUACUUUGAGAGGAUGGGAUGGAAACGACCACCCCAACAAGUGAGCGCAGAUUUCCUCACAGCUAUCACUAAUCCUGGCGAGCGACAACCACAAGUCGGUAUGGAGCAUGCAGUCCCACGCACGUCGCUGGAAUUUGAAGAAUACUGGAAGAACAGCCCCGAGCACGCAGAGCUGCAGAUGUCAAUGCAACAAUACAAGCAGAAGACCCCCCUUGAUAUCUCAGAGGAGAUCAAACUGGAUGAAGUCAAGCGCCUUGAGCAAUCGGCUCAUGCUCGACCUUCUAGCCCCUACCUUCUCUCUGUACCGAUGCAAAUCAGACUGUGUAUCGUUAGAGCUUGGCAACGGACCCGAAAUGAUAUCCCAGGCCUGAUUGCUUCAGCAGUUGCCCAGAUUGUGGUAUCCCUCAUCAUCGGGUCUCUCUUCUAUGAUAUUCCACAAACUACCGCUGGACUAGGGCAGAGGGGAUCGGUCCUCUUCCUCGCUGUUUUGACAAAUGCUUUGAUAUCCCUGUUGGAGAUCAACACCCUAUACAGCCAAAGAUUGAUAGUGGAGAAACAAGCUGCCUAUGCCUUUGUGCAUCCCUUUACAGAAGCUAUCGCAGGAGUUAUUGUGGAUUUUCCAAUCAAGCUUUUCCGAUGCGUCUUGUCUGCUAUUAUCGUAUAUUUCCUUGCAAAUCUCCGGAGAGAGGCGUCUCAUUUCUUUAUAUACAUUCUGUUCCAGCUCACAGCCGUCAUGACAAUGGCCACAAUGUUUCGCACUUUGGCCACUGUUACCCGGACUAUCGGACAAGCUAUGUCUCUGGCUGGAGUCAUCAUUAUCUGUGUCGCGGUGUACACUGGCUUCACUGUUCCUCAAUUCGAUAUGCCGCCGUGGUUUGCAUGGAUCCGAUGGGUGAAUCCGAUAUUUUACGCUUUCGAGGCCAUUGUCGCUAAUGAGUUCCACGGUCGCCACUUUGAAUGCGUGGAAUACAUUCCAAACUUGAGUUUUCAGAAGGGAGUCUCCUUCACUUGCUCAUAUGUGGGAUCCCGUCCCGGCGAGCGACAUGUUUCUGGGGAUGCAUAUAUCGCAGGCAGUUACGAUUACUCCUACGACCAUGUGUGGAGAAAUUACGGCAUCUUGGUUGCCUUUCUUGUCUUCUUUUAUGUACUUUAUUUCUGGCUCACGGAGUUGAUCCCAGGAACCACCCCCGCACAUGAGGUCUUGAUUUUCCGCCGUGGAGAUGUACCCGAUAAGUUGAAUCGAAGUGAUCUGGAGUCCGGAGAGCAGCCUCUACCCCUUCAAGAGAUGAAAUCACUGGCUCCUCCGGCCCGUUCCUCAAUGGCAGACCAAAAGGAUACGCUCAGCUGGAAGGGAUUAUGCUACGACAUUCCAGUGAAAGGUGGUGAAAAACGACUUCUGGAUGACGUUAGUGGAUGGGUCAAACCCGGAUCACUCACGGCGCUCAUGGGUGUUUCCGGUGCAGGGAAAACAACCCUUAUGAACGUUCUGGCACGGCGAAUGACCAUUGGGGUCGUUACAGGAGACAUGUUGGUCAAUGGCCACGAACCUGAUGCCAGCUUUGCACGAAAAACCGGCUAUGUCCAACAGCAGGAUCUUCACGUAGAGACCUGCACGAUUCGCGAGGCCCUUCGAUUUAGUGCAGCACUACGCCAACCUCGGUCUAUCUCAAUAGAGGAAAAGUACAACUUCGUUGAGGAGGUGAUCCAGUUGCUGGGAAUGGAGGAUUUCGCGGAAGCAGUUAUUGGAAAUCCCGGAGAUGGUUUAAACAUGGAACAAAGGAAACUGCUCAGCAUUGGGGUCGAGCUUGCUGCCAAGCCUCAACUUCUGAUAUUUCUUGAUGAGCCCACUAGUGGUUUGGAUUCACGAAGUUCGUGGGCUAUUUGCAAGUUCAUGAGAAAGCUUGCGGACAGUGGCCAACCCGUUCUUGCUACAAUCCACCAACCAAGUGCCGUUCUAUUCGAGCAAUUUGAUCGUUUAUUGUUCCUUGCCAAAGGUGGAAAGACUGUCUACUUUGGAGACAUCGGUCACCAGGGUCGGACAGUUCUGGAAUAUCUGGAGAAGAAUGGAGCUCGUCAAUGUGGCCCAACUGAAAAUCCCGCUGAAUACAUGCUCGAGGUCAUCGGAGGGGGCACCCAAGGCCAGUCUACGCCCAUUGACUGGGUUCACGCGUGGAAAAACAGCUCUGAACAUACCAAAGUUCUUGAAGAGUUAGACAGUCUCGUCUCGUCGCCAUCCAACGCUAUCCCCGCCGAGCCCUCCAAGCUCUCCGAAUUUGCAAUGCCUCCUGCUGUCCAAUUUUACCAUGUUAUGAAGCGCGACCUCCAACAAUAUUAUCGCCAACCCGAAUACAUCCUGGCCAAGUUUGGUGCGGGGAUCUUUUGUGGUCUUUUUGUCGGCUUCUCCUUCUGGAGUUCUGAUAAUUCAAGCCAAGGCUUUCAGAAUGUUUUGUUUAGUUUGUUCCUUCUGUGUACAAUAUUCUCCACGCUCGUUAACCAAAUCAUGCCGAAAUUUCUUUCUCGGCGAGCAUUAUACGAACUACGAGAGAGACCGGCUAAAACCUACUCCUGGACGGUGUUCAUUUUGUGUCAGAUACUCGUUGAACUACCAUGGCAAACCUUACUGGGGAUAUGUACCUGGGCCUCGUUUUACUUUUCGGUUUACGGUGGCGACCAAAGUCCCCAGCGGCAGGUGCUCAUUCUUCUGUUUACCGUACAGUUCUUCCUCUUCGCGUCGACGUUCGCCCAACUUGUGAUUGCUGCAGUUCCCAAUCUGGUUUUGGGUAGUAUGAUGGCUACAUUCACGUUUCUCCUAUGCCUCUUGUUCAAUGGUAUCAUGCAGCCACCUAGCGCACUGCCGCGGUUUUGGAUUUUCAUGAAUCGAGUUUCACCUCUCACCUAUUAUGUGGGUGGCAUUAAGUCUUUGACCCCCCCGCAGGGUCAGACUUGCGGUCAAUAUCUGGCCGAAUAUCUCAAAACAGCACAAGGCACGCUCUACAACCCGCUUUCCUCCGAUCAGUGCCAGUAUUGCCCACUUCGGGUAGCAGAUCAAUAUCUUGCUGCCCGGGAUAUCUCCUGGAAUGAUCGAUGGAGAAACUUUGGGAUUUUCUCAGUGUAUAUCAUCUGCAACAUCAUUGGUGCCAUUGGACUAUACUAUCUGGUUCGAGUUCUACCCUACGCAAGGAAGAAUCGCACACAGAAAUCUCCAAAAUGA